UGAAACUGGUGUUAUUCGUAUCAAAUCAACAUGGAGAGUUAUGAGAAAGGUGAGACAAGAGAGCUAGAAAUGGAAAACUCGGAAAUUCUCAAAUUAGUGCAGCCGGAUGUUGUUGUAAUGAAAGUUCACUCUGGAAGCAAAAUACGCAACUUGAUUAAUUAUGCAUUAAAAAAAUUUCAAAAUCCAUCAUUUAUGCAAAUAAUAUGGACAGGACACGGAUCGGCCAUUACGAAAGUUAUUUCCUCAGUUGAAAUUAUUAAACGACAGAUCCAGGGCUUGCAUCAGGUUACAAAUCUCGGCUACAAGAAAGUUGAAGAAACGUGGAAGCCAAAGAUGGAAGGCCUGGAAUCCUUAAUUGUAACAAGAAAUAUUCCUUUAAUCACAAUCCUUUUGUCCAAGAAUCCUCUCGACCCUAACAUUCUCGGAUACAGUGCGCCAAAGAAAAUCAAAAGCAAAUCAACGUCUGAAAGUUCAACUUCAAGAAAGAAACUUCACAAUAAAGAAAUUGUUGUUAACAAGACGUAACCAGAUUUUGAUUACUCAAUGAAUUUUAGCAAUAACUUCAACCACACACUAACUACUUUCUCAGUUUAAUUUUGUGAAUGACACAUCAGCCUAAUUAUUGUGAGCAAGCUUUUGUAAUUCUGUCCCGUUGAUUCGUAUUCAUGAUGGUUAUCUGAAAAUUCUUCAAAUGUUCAAAAUAGUUAAGCGUUAGAAAUAAUUUAAUAUUUUGUAUAAGAGUCGCAGAAAUAUAUUGUUGAAAAAGUAUAAAUAACAUUGCGUGCGUCAAAGACAUCAAGGGAAAGUAGUAAAAAUAUCUAUAAUUCACGCAACAGAUUAUUUUUCUGAGUUUUUCUAGAAAGCUAAAAUGUUAGCUGCGAUUCUUGUCAUACUUUUAUUUUUUAACCGGAAUUAAAUUUCGUCGUUAACGUUUUAGAGCCUUUUCCUUCUUGUUCAACACACUGUGAACAAACAGCAUGCGUGUGUGCGUACGCUUUGACCAAAACGCGUACGUACGGGUAUGUGAUCGGCAAUGGCGGAUCCAGAAUUUUGCCUUGGGGAGGAUAAUUUCAAAAUUACGGUGUUGAUGGUCUUUUUUUGCUAAUUCUCGCAAAAGCCCAUUCAUUCUUAUUUCUGUGGUAGUGAUUUUCAAAAUUCUUAGUUGAUGACCAUAUUUUGCUAAUUUUUGUUCUAUUAGUAUUUUAUACACAGAAUUUUCAAUGUUUUUGUCUUUCAUGGUCUGGCAGGAAGAAUGCGUCCUAGCACUCCAUCUGGAUCCGCCACCGGUUCGUGUUCAUGCAUGCAUAUGCAUUUUAAAUAUUGAACUCGAAACCUUGGUGCAUACUUGUGGUGGUACACCGGCGUAAUGAAAAUAGUUAAACUUUCUUGUUUAUGCCCGUUCGUCUCAGUGCUUAUUUAUUUUAUUCAAUAUCAAAAUUUUAAUUUAUAAC